UAUAGUUGUCUAUUUACAGACAGGGAUGAAGGGGUGUGUUGUGUUAUUAUUUGUUGCGAGUGUUGUUGCGGCAGUGACAGCCCAGGCCAGGGUGCCGAUGCCGUCGAUGGCGGGGAUGGGGGCUGGACAAAAUGGACGAAGAAAUGAUGGAAUUGGGGCCAGAGGGGGAGGGAUGAGGCAGAUGGGGGGAAUGGGACGGAUGAGAAGAGCCUCUGAAAAUUAUUGGAAAGAAGAUGAAGCCCAUGAUAGAAAUCGUCGACAAUCUUCUGACAAAUCCACCGGAACAGCUGCUCUAGGAUACGGUGGCUGUUAUGAUAAUGGACAUGGCGGACAUGGAGGACAUGGAGGACAUGAUGAGUGGGACGAUGGCUGGGGACAUGGCAGUUGGUCCAGCAAAAUCCAAGACAAGAAAUCAUAAUUAAUAACAAUAACACUAACAAAUCGGUUAAUUACUGGAUAUUAAGAAAGAAAAAACAAUAAAAAAUUAAACAAUUGAGAAGUAAAAUGACAAAUAAUUGUGUAAUCUGAUGAUUUAAUAAAGUUUAUGGAUUGAUACUGA